AUCCAGAUCUAGGGUUUUUCUCUAACUAGGGUUUCUCUGCAAAUAUGCCGAAGAACAAAGGAAAGGGAGGUAAGAAUCGUAAAAGAGGAAAGAACGAAGCCGAUGACGAGAAGCGCGAGCUUGUUUUCAAAGAAGACGGACAAGAAUACGCUCAAGUUCUUCGUAUGCUUGGAAACGGAAGAUGCGAAGCCAUGUGUAUCGACGGAACGAAGCGUCUCUGUCACAUUCGCGGUAAGAUGCACAAAAAGGUAUGGAUCGCAGCCGGAGACAUCAUUCUCCUUGGUCUGAGGGAUUAUCAAGAUGAUAAGGCCGAUGUUAUCCUUAAGUACAUGCCUGAUGAAGCUAGACUACUCAAGGCUUAUGGAGAACUGCCGGAGAAUACUAGACUUAAUGAAGGUAUUGCUGGUGGUCUUGAUGAAGAAGAUGAAGGUGCUGGUGAUGAUUAUAUUGAAUUUGAAGAUGAGGAUAUCGACAAAAUCUAGGUUAAUUUACUUGAUCUAUCUUUUUCAUAUGCUAUUUUAGCUUGAAUUUGAUUCUGUUGAGAUUGAAUGGUUAAUUUGAUAUAGCUUUAUUUUGAAGUUUUACUGAUUUAUGUAUUUUGAUUUUGAAUAACAACUAUGGAUGUUGAA